AUGGCCAACCCUCAGGAGCACCUGAGCUGCUCCUCUUCCUCACACUUACCCUCGAGUGAAAGCAGAACCUUCAACGGACUACAAGAUGAACUCACUCCUGUGGGGAGCCACCCAUCACCCAAGCUCCUUAAGGACCAGCAGGAAAAGGGGGUGGUACAAACAGAGCUAACCGAGAGCAUGAACUGCCCCAUCACCACAACAGUGUUGACAAGCGUGAGUGAGGAUUCCAGGGACCAGUUUGAGAACAGCGUUCUUCAGCUAAGGGAACAAGAUGAAUCAGAGAUGGCCAUGUCUCAGGGGAACAGCAACACCGUGGAUGGAGAGAGCACAAGUGGAACUGAAGACGUCAAGAUUCAGUUCAGCAGGUCGGGCAGCGGCAGUGGUGGGUUUCUGGAAGGACUGUUUGGAUGCUUAAGGCCUGUCUGGAAUAUCAUUGGGAAGGCAUAUUCCACUGAUUACAAAUUACAGCAGCAAGAUACUUGGGAGGUGCCGUUUGAGGAGAUCUCAGAGCUUCAGUGGCUGGGUAGUGGAGCCCAAGGAGCUGUCUUCUUGGGCAAGUUCCGAGCGGAGGAGGUGGCCAUCAAGAAAGUGAGAGAACAGAAUGAGACGGAUAUCAAGCAUUUGAGGAAGUUGAAGCACCCUAACAUCAUCGCUUUCAAGGGCGUUUGUACUCAGGCCCCCUGUUACUGCAUCAUCAUGGAAUACUGUGCCCACGGACAACUCUAUGAGGUUUUGCGAGCCGGCAGGAAGAUCACACCUCGAUUGCUAGUGGACUGGUCCACGGGCAUUGCAAGUGGAAUGAAUUAUUUGCACCUCCAUAAAAUUAUUCAUCGUGAUCUCAAAUCACCUAAUGUUUUGGUGACUCACACAGAUGCGGUAAAGAUUUCAGAUUUUGGCACAUCUAAGGAACUCAGUGACAAAAGUACCAAGAUGUCCUUCGCCGGCACGGUUGCAUGGAUGGCACCAGAGGUGAUACGGAACGAACCUGUCUCUGAAAAAGUCGAUAUAUGGUCUUUCGGAGUGGUGCUUUGGGAGCUGCUGACAGGAGAGAUUCCUUACAAAGAUGUAGACUCUUCGGCCAUUAUUUGGGGUGUUGGAAGCAAUAGCCUACACCUUCCAGUUCCUUCCACUUGCCCUGAUGGAUUCAAAAUCCUUAUGAAACAGACGUGGCAGAGUAAACCUCGCAACCGGCCUUCUUUCCGGCAGACGCUCAUGCAUUUAGACAUCGCCUCUGCAGACGUUCUUGCUACCCCACAAGAAACCUACUUCAAGUCUCAGGCUGAAUGGAGAGAAGAGGUGAAAAAACACUUUGAGAAGAUCAAAAGUGAGGGAACUUGUAUACACCGAUUAGAUGAAGAACUGAUUCGGAGGCGCAGAGAAGAGCUCAGGCAUGCUCUGGAUAUUCGUGAACACUAUGAGAGAAAACUUGAGCGGGCUAAUAAUUUAUACAUGGAACUGAGUGCUAUCAUGCUGCAGCUAGAAAUGCGGGAGAAGGAGCUCAUUAAGCGUGAGCAAGCAGUGGAAAAGAAGUAUCCUGGAACCUACAAACGACACCCCGUCCGUCCAAUAAUCCACCCCAAUGCCAUGGAGAAACUCAUGAAGAGGAAAGGCACGCCUCAUAAAUCAGGGAUGCAGACCAAACGGCCAGAUCUGCUGAGAUCUGAAGGUAUUCCCAGUGUGGAGGUGGCUCCCGCUGCUUCCCCUUUGUCCGGAAGUCCCAAAAUGUCCACCUCAAGCAGCAAGAGCCGCUACCGGAGCAAACCACGCCACCGCCGAGGGAAUAGCAGAGGCAGCCAUGGUGACUUCGCAGGGAUCUUGAAAAACCAGCCAGCGCAGGAAAAUUCACCGCAUCCCACUUAUCUACACCACGCUCCGUCCCAGUACCCUUCUCCCCAUCACCAUCAUCCUCCACAGCGGCAGUACCAGCAAGCCCCUCCUGCCGUGUCUCAGAGUCACCAUCCCAGACUCAAUAUGCACGGACAGGACAUUGCGACCUGCGCCAACAACCUGAGAUAUUUUGGCCCAGCAGCAGCCCUGCGGAGCCCACUCAGCAACCAUGCUCAAAGACAGAUGCCUGGCUCCAGCCCUGAUCUCAUCUCCACGGCCAUGGCAGCAGAUUGCUGGAGAAGCUCUGAGCCCGACGAGGGCCCCGCCGGCCCCUGGGGCUGUUGUCCGGCUGAGCCUUAUGAGCCCUGCCUCCAGUGCAGGCCAGAACAGUGUGGGUCCCUAGACAUAUCCUCUGCUGAGCCAGUGGGGAGGAGCCCUGACCUCUUCAAGUCACCAGCACACAAUCCCCUCUCGGAAGAUGCCCAAGGUUCCGAGGAAAUGGAAGAAAAUGAAUUCAAAGGCUGUAGGUCUGCGUCAUCCCUUGGCAUCCCUCAUACAUCACCCCCCCCAAUGCUACCUCGAAACACAAGGCCCCUGCAAAAGAGUGGAGAUGACUCCUCUGAAGAGGAAGAAGGGGAAGUAGAUAGUGAAGUUGAAUUUCCACGAAGACAGAGGCCCCAUCGCUGUAUCAGCAGCUGCCAGUCGUAUUCCACCUUUAGCUCUGAGAAUUUCUCUGUGUCUGAUGGAGAGGAGGGAAAUACCAGCGACCACUCCAACAGUCCUGAUGAGUUAGCAGACAAACUUGAAGACCGCCUGGCGGAGAAGCUAGAUGACCUGCUGUCCCAGACGCCAGAGAUCCCCAUUGAGAUAUCCUCGCAUUCAGACGGGCUCUCUGACAAGGAGUGCGCUGUGCGCCGCGUGAAGACGCAGAUGUCUCUGGGCAAGCUGUGCGCAGAGGAAUGUGGCUAUGAGAAUCCUAUGCAGUUUGAAGAAUCGGACUGUGACUCUUCCGAUGGAGAGUGUUCUGAUGCCACAGUUAGGACCAAUAAACACUACAGCUCUGCUACUUGGUAAUGGAGGAAAACCCAUCCUGAAGAUCUCAUGACUAUACUGGCAUUUCAGAUCGUUCCCCCUCUCCCCCCAGACUCUUUCCCCUCUCUCCUUGCUUUUUUGUCUGGGAAGAGAGCUGCCCCAUCUUUCUUGCCCCUAGAAAUGAGCUGCAAUAACAGGAACAUGAGACUUCGCAAAUCUCUGGAAAAAAAUAUCCAAAUGAAAUUAAGUCUCACUGAACAUUUCAAUCAAGAAUGGCAGGGAUCUAUUUUAUUGAAUAUUCUAGCUACUGUAACAUUGAUAUUUAUUUUUGUUUGACAUUUUAACACUUUGUACUGUAAAGAGUGAACUAUAUAUGAUAUAUAGAGAGAGACAAUAAUUCUUGCAAAAAAAAAAGAGUGAGAGAGGGAUAAAGGAAGAAAGAAAAGAAAGAAGUGGAAUUUAGGAGCAACAUCGUUGGGAAUUUGUGGGGCCAGGAGGUAUUACUGCUACUUGAACAGGGGACCAGUUUUUUGGCCAUAAGUGACUGAAGAAGAGCCAGAGCAAGACAUAUGGAUUAUUUUAGAAAACAAAGAACAACGAAGGAAAAGCAAUUCCAGGUAACUUGUGAACAGACCACAUUAAGUUCAACCAGCUUGUCCAAACAGGUGAUGGAAAUGGCCUAGAAAAGAUUGAUGACCAGAUACUUGCACCCAAGGCCUUUGAGGGCAUGUGCUUACUCUAGGAGGAAAAA